AUGCCUUAUGCAUUGGGAAGCGAUCCCAAAGCAGAAAAAGCGCACAAUGUCGUCGGGGCUGGCGGGAGAAUGACGCCAAGACUCCACGAGACUUGCAGCGGACUGGUUCACUGGCUUCAGGGCCUGCCAGCAAUGCCGGCGAACAAAAAGAAGAAGGAGAAGAUCAGUGAGGAGAUCCAGCCAAGUCGAUGGCGCGACAAGCUCCAAGGACUGGCAAAGAUCAUCACCUCUGGUGGCGGGAUGCACAAGGAAGCCUAUGAACUGAAUGCAAACGUGGAGUAUUUCUCUCCUUCGAAUGGAGUUUGGACAUCAGCCGUGAUAGUUUCUCGCGGCGAGUUUGACCAGGAGGGUUUGCCAAUCUACACCCUCCGAGUCGGCCGCCAGCGUCGUCAUAGAGUUCCCAUCAAGUUCAUCAGAGGUACCCUUCACCAAGGCGAAUCCGUUAGUUUCUUCAUGGACUACGAGACAUCUUGGACGAAUGCGACCAUCGCUUCACCUCCCGCUAGUGCCACGCUGGGAUACGAACUUGACGUCCUGGACGAGUUUGGAAAGCCUUCUUUGGCAGUAGCUGGCCGUUUGAGGCGACGAUUUUUAGCCUCUCAGCCUAUUCAAGUCUACAACGGGCAGUUUUGUGGCUGGGUAGAUGCGGUAGUGCUGGAGGAUGCAUUAGAAAACGCUGAUGAGAUUCCUGGGCGGUACAUGAAUGAUACAGAGAAGGUUGAAAUCUCCAAAGCUUUGUCGCCAGAGGUCAUGGUGAAGUGCCACCUCAAAGACGACGACGCUGAGGAAGUUGAGAUCCUGGAGCUCCCAUCUGGCUGCGUGCGCUACGCUGGGCACUUGAGCAAGACUUGA